CCUACACACCCACAUCUAUCAAGACCGCACAUUCACAUUUCAUAGUUCUACUGUAAAUUAGAUAGAGGGAGUCUCAUACUAGCUCGUCAUUCACAGACAAUUUACAAAAAAAAAAAUACAAAAUAAUAAUAAUAAUAAUAAUAAUAAUAAUAAUAAUAAUACAACAUGGAGUCUACUCCAGAUCCAACAAGCGAUCCGGGCAACAGCGCCUCAGAGCCAGCUACCCCGCUCAGGGACACCCCGGUAAACCUGGAGACUCUCCGAAAAGCUGAACAUCCAGUCCCCGUUCGAAGGCAGAGCUGCUCGAGUACCAACAGAGGUAUUACAGGAACAAAGAAGACACACACUUCUCAAAUCGAAAUUAUUCCGUGCAAGAUCUGUGGAGAUAAAUCAUCAGGAAUCCAUUAUGGGGUUAUAACUUGUGAAGGCUGCAAGGGCUUCUUCAGGCGAAGUCAGCAGAGCAACGCCACAUACUCCUGUCCUCGUCAGAAGAACUGUCUGAUCGACCGAACCAGCCGCAACCGUUGCCAGCACUGCCGGCUGCAGAAGUGUCUCACUGUCGGAAUGUCACGAGAUGCCGUCAAGUUUGGCAGAAUGUCUAAGAAACAACGAGACAGCCUGUAUGCGGAAGUGCAGAAACACCGAAUGCAACAGCAGCAGCGGGAUCAUCAACAGCAGCCCGGAGAGGCUGAGCCACUCACGCCCACCUACAACCUCUCCACCAAUGGGCUGACAGAGCUGCACGAUGACCUCAGCAGCUACAUUGACGGCCACACCCCCGACGGCAGCAAAGCGGACUCUGCAGUCAGCAGCUUCUACCUGGAUAUCCAGCCUUCACCUGACCAGUCUGGCCUGGAUAUCAACGGGAUCAAACCAGAACCCAUCUGUGACUUCACCGCAGGUUCCGGUUUCUUUCCGUACUGCUCGUUCACGAAUGGGGACACCUCUCCCACAGUGUCAAUGGCAGAGCUAGAACAUUUGGCACAGAAUAUCUCUAAGUCACACAUGGAAACGUGUCAGUACUUGAGAGAGGAACUACAACAAAUGACCUGGCAGACAUUCCUGCAGGAAGAAAUGGAGAACUACCAGAACAAGCCCCGGGAGGUCAUGUGGCAGCUGUGUGCAAUCAAAAUCACAGAAGCUAUCCAGUAUGUGGUGGAGUUUGCCAAACGCAUUGAUGGCUUCAUGGAGCUGUGUCAGAAUGAUCAAAUAGUGCUUCUUAAAGCUGGUUCGUUGGAAGUUGUGCUGGUCAGAAUGUGCCGUGCCUUUGACUCUCAGAACAACACAGUGUAUUUUGAUGGAAAGUAUGCUGGUCCAGAAGUUUUCAAAGCAUUAGGCUGUGAUGACUUGAUCAGCUCUGUCUUUGAGUUUGGAAAAAACUUGUGUUCUUUGCAUCUGUCUGAAGACGAGAUUGCGUUGUUUUCUGCGUUUGUGUUGAUGUCUGCAGAUCGAUCCUGGCUUCAAGAAAAGGUAAAGGUGGAGAAGCUUCAGCAGAAAAUCCAGCUGGCUCUUCAACACGUCCUGCAGAAGAACCACAGAGAGGAUGGAAUACUGACAAAGUUGAUAUGCAAAGUGUCAACACUGCGAGCACUGUGCAGCAGACAUACAGAGAAGUUGACUGCGUUCAAAGCAAUAUACCCGGACAUUGUGCGUGCCCAUUUCCCUCCUUUAUACAAGGAGCUCUUCAGUUCAGAGUUUGAGCAGCCAAUGCCCAUUGAUGGGUAACAGCCGCUCUCUCAAGCGAACAUUGUCUGGAAUGUUUGAAGUACCAGAGCUGAAUGAAUCUGAGACACUUUACGGAGCCCUGCAUAAACCAGGAGAGCCGACACGCUGCACAUUUGGGGAUUAUUAUUUUAUAAUUUUUCUGUUUUAUGGGUGGGUGGGAUGUGAUCUCAAGGGGAAGGGAGAGGAAAUACUUAUAAUUCUACAUUAUUUAACAUUGAACUUGCCUUUACCGUGCAUAUGGUUUUCCGUUUCGAAAUGUGGACCUUUUUCUAGCCCUACUUUUAACAUUUAACCCCCACUCCCUGAGGUGAGUUGCCUGAAGAAUAUCUAAUUGACAAGCCUCAUUUUAUAAUAAAAUAAUAACAAGCAUUUCGGGUUAUGCAUAGAGCUUUACAAUAGGGACUUGUGUUCCUCUUUUUAAUGUUCACACUGCCAUGAUAUAAACUACAGGUCAUGUCUGCAGCGAUCGUAGCAAACCUCUGUGGAAUAUGGAGGAUAUUCUUUGGGUUUUUUGUACAGUUUAACAGCAUUAUAUAGAAACAGUGCUCACGUCUAUGAUGACUACAGUUCACGUUCCAUUGCCUUAGUUCUGCUCAAGCUUAACCUCAGGGUCAUAGUUUCUUUUGACCAAGAAAGUUCAAACAACUAUCCACAGAGUUGCUCCAGUUUUUGAUUUGGGGUUGGGCGACCAAGCCAACAAUUUCCUUAGUAAAAACAAUCAAUAUUCUUCAAUUCACUCCUAUUUUCAAUGAUAAUAAUGUUGUAUUAAAAUUGGUGUCAGUAGUUUUGAGGUUUUAUUUUAUUUUCUUCUUUGAGAUUCUUAAAUGACAGCGGCAUCUAAUGGACAGAAGCCUGCACAGUAUUUCAUGAUUGCAGUUUUGUCAGGAGCUGAGUGACUAGUGCAAGGAUCUUCUGCUUCUGCUCUCCACAAAACAACAUGAAGCAAUCAAGAUAUGGAAACUAUAUGCAUCUGUAGGUCAAGUUCAAAACUUGUGUAUGAAGUGCGCAGAUGGGCAAAUGCAGCGAGAGAGCACAGUGGUGACAAGUCAGCCUGCUGGCAAUCCUGAUAUGAACUGCACCUUUUCUACAGACAAUCCAAUAAGAGCAAUGCAGAAUUCUGGUAAUUCUAGUUGAAAACACAAAGACUGUCAAAGGACUCCAUUCUCCGUGGUUGCUAAGUGGAAUCAUGCAAGGCCACCUGCCAUCAGUUCUUCACGUGGGUGAACAGUGGGUACCAACAGAAAAAGGGUCCACAAAACCAGUUUUAUAUUGUACUACAGGGUAUAUGGUCAUAAGUACUAUACAGGAAAAAAACAAAUAAUAAUGUUUAUAGAUUCUAUUUUAAAUAACAUGUAUAUUAUUGAUAGUUAGCAUAUUCUUUAUUGUUGAAUUGAUAAGGCACUUUUUUGUUUUUGUUUGCACCUUUAAUUUAAGACUCGUGUAUUACCUAUUGCUGUGUUGCAUGUGCACAAGAAAUACAAGUUUAAGUGCAACAUUGUGGAAGGAGACUGGAAAGAUGUAGAUGCUGCUGAUUACUUGGCUUGUACUGUUGUGGUCAUUAGGAGAGGGUUGGUCAUUGCAGAAAGAUUGAGAUGUAGUAAACUUAAGCUUCAGUACGUGUCCUUCACAAGCAACUGUCAACUCAUUUUGGAGACUAUAACAAAGAAACAUGUUUACAGCUGCAGAACUGCCACAAAGGCAUAUUUGUAGGCUUCUAUGCACAGCACCCAAAUAUUGUAGUUGUUUUUUUUUUAUGGUGACAUGAAGGGCUAGAUUGACUUAUCUUUUGCUCCAGUCUAAAAAUGUGCACCAUUUUUUUUAAGACUGACAAUGUUACAAAAAUAGGAAGGAACUUUCUGUGAACAUAACUUUUUAAAAAAAUUUAAUUAUUUCUAGAAAAAACAAACAAUUGAAAGAAUUUCCCGGGAGCAAAGGGCAUCUAUCCCCAAAGAGUCUCUUAUAGGGGAAAUGGUUCAUUCAUUUGUAAGCCCUACUGUACCAGUUUGGUUUGUUUGCCCCCAUCUGCGACAAAACUGGACCCCAAUUCUCCAGCACUCAUACAACAUACUGGAUACGUAUGCCUUUUAUCGGGAGGUAUUCUGAGAAUAUCAUGCUGGAGUUUGGAAAGUGACCCAUGUUUUGUAUGUGUGUCUUCAUUUCCAUUUUCACUUGAUCUGCUGGACUGUUUUGUCUUGAUUGUAUUCUGUGCAGCUCCACUGUAAACCUUAAACAACCAACCCCCUCCAUUAGAUACUGCUUUAAACAGAAGCUUGGGCUUUGUAGGAUUGUUGGAAGGUAGCUAAUGUAUACAUUGUGAAAGACCGUUAUUACGAGUUUCAAUCUGCUGGCAUUUAAAACCAUUUCCGUUUUAGGAAGAUUUUUUUUUUUUUUUCUUAUAGAAUGUAGGGUGACAGGAAAGUCUUAACAGAUCUAAGUAGGUUGAUAUUAACCAUUUAAGUCCUGGUGGGACCUCAAGGUCCAGCCUUAGCGCCGUAUGUUAAUAUGUGCUGUCGGAAAUCAUGUUGGAACUACACAGGUUCCUUUUUGAAUGAUGCAACUUAAUUUCAACAAAAAUAAUUCAGGACUGAAAGAGUAAAUCUGCAAUUCUGUUUUAUUUCAAUAGAUGGAGCUGUUUUUUCAUAUAUUUUAUGGUAUCCAAUUGUGCAACCUAAUGGUUCAAAACAAGACAGCAGCCUAACAAGCAGUAGGAAAAUACACCAAGAUGAGUUAAUAAUAUUAUUUGUACAAGCCUGGAACUGGAAAAUGCUGCUGCGAACAGCAGCAGUGCUCGUUUCAAACAAAUGUUUGGAGGUUUUUCACAUCAAGCUUAGUUUACAGUUUCACUUCACAUCUUGUGUGUGUGGCUACUUCUCAGUCCAUGUUGUUUUGUCCACAAGGAAAUAUGACAGUAACAGCUGAAGUUUGGUGAAAGAUGUAUAUUAUUGAAAGCCUUGUCUGGUAGAAAAGUUUCUAUUUUUUUAACCCUUAAACAGACGAAAGGUGGUAUUUAAUAUUCCUGCAAUAAUAAUAAUAAUAAUAAUAAUAAUAAUAAUAAUAAUAAUAAUAAUAAUAAUAAUAAAUACGAUUUUGUAAUGCAAGACAAUGAUAGCUGUGUUUUCUAAAGGCGUCCCUUUUUGUUUCUUGCUGGUUAAACUUUUUUUUUUGUUUUGUCUUAACUGAAUGUGCCAUGGUAGAAUGCAUGUGGUGUUUGUGUCAAUGAGAUAUUGUGUGUGUACAACAUUCCAAGAAACAAGAAGUAGAGUGGAAAUCAUAGUCGGGGUGUCAGAGUAGAAAGCUUGUAUGGCUGUUGCUUUUUUGCACAUGUUCUUCAUUCCUCUGUAGUGCAAUCUGUACACAUCGCAUUCGCGGAUGUACUGUAAUCCCUCAGGGAAGUUUUAGUGAUUUGUUUGCUUGGUUUUUUUAAUCAUUCAGUAUUUGUUUUGUGCGUAGCAGCCAGUUACUGAUCUUAUUAUACUCAACCUCAGUUUUAGAAUGGUGCUGAAAAGCCACCAGAACACCAGGCAUAGAUUGGACAUAGCAGGGCCAAGGCCACAAAUGUAAAUUAACUAGUUGUGUCUUCUUUGGGACUAAAGUAAAACCAUUACUUCUAAUAAGUAACAGUUCCUUUUUAAUAUACAAAACCAGUACAUACAGAUUACUUAAUAUUCCUAUAUAAUGUGUGUGUGUGUGUGUGUGUAUCUGGGCUGUUAUCCAGUAUUUCCCAUUUUCAUAUUAAUAGUUCAAGUAAAGUCUGUAUCAUUAUUGAUAUUGUUUAUUUUCACUCUAAUAACUUCCCUAGUGCUGCCUGUUAAUCUAUGUUGUGCCUCUACGUACCAUCUUAACUUUAUGUACAUGUUUUAUAACACCCGUCAAAAUGUAGCUUAAUGGUACAAUAUAGUAACGUCGUCUAAUGGCGGAUUUGAACUUUACUACAGGUACAGGCAGCCAAGCUAUCUUUUUUUUUUGUUGUUGUUAAGAUUGCGGUUUUAAGGCUUCUGUUCAUAUGUUGUACUUCAACACUUCAAACAUGUUUAAACACAGUUUUUAAAAAGUGAAGUAUUUUUAUUUGAAACUCAAAGGCAGUACAACUUGAACUACUUUUUAGCCACUGAUGUUGCAGAUCUAAAAUAUUAUUUAAAUACUGUAUGUGCUGUGUCCUGACUAUGAUAUAUUACGUGAAUCUACAUAUAUUUAAAUUACGGUUUCUCAGCUAUGCAUGGUUUAAUUUACUUAUUUAAAUUCAAAGGAACAUAUACAUUCUAAUGAAAUACAUAAUAAACUAUAUAUAUUUUUUUUAAAUUCAAAGCAUUAUUUGAACAAUAGGGUUCUAUAUAUUCUGCAUGUGGAGCAAUUACUUAGUUCCUUUUCUUUGAAAUAAUAAUAAUAAUAAUAAUAAUAAUAAUAAUAAUAAUAAUAAUAAUAAUAAUAAUAAUAAUAAUAAUAUGAUGGUGUUAUUUUGUCCCAGACUCAAAGAAGACACAAUUUACCCUCCCCAUACUAUAAUUUAGGAUGUUUUUUUAAUGUAUUUAAACAAUUGGCUUUUUGUCUAAAAUAACCUAAGAGAUAAAAGGCACAUUCAAAAUAUAACUGUGAAUGACAAUCCAUUUGAAUUCGCACAUUUGGCCCAUUGUUUGAGUUGGGGAAUCAUUUUGAAUUCAGUGCUCAGGGAGAAUCACUGUAAAGAGUAUUAGAACAGGAAAGUAACCAGUAGGAGUGUAUAGAGUAUACAAGAGCCGUCUCUUAGGCGGUAAGUAUAGGCUCACCAAGGUGUUGUGGUAAUCGUAAUGUUUUAAAAUGACAGUAUUCAUAUCCGAUCAGAAGGAUAUCAGAAUGAACAUGAAGUUAUGAGUUUAUGGUUUACAACCUCUGUUACAUUAAGCAUUGCCGUCUUUACUGCAGCCCUGUUUCCAAGGCAGACUUUGGCUGGCAAAACUUGUGUCUUUUUGCUUUACUUCUUGUUUUGUUUUUAGUUUUUUAGUUUUUUUUUUGUUUCUUACAGUUGGGCUUGCUUUUGAAAAACUAUUUCCAGAAAGAAAGGCCCUGAAAGGAUCCCUUAUUAUGAUACCAUGACAACAUAGUGCCAAAAAAAUACCUCCCUUGAUCCUUAUCUAAGCCUGCUGCACUGGGCAUCGCUAAUACGGGUUCUAUAGGGUACUGCAGUUGAACCUCUAUUAAAACUGUGGUCAGUCAACCGGUGCUAAAAGGGUCUGGUUAAAGUGAAUGUUCCACACACCUCAACAGUGCUAGGUUCAUGAGAUCUUAUGUACAGUAGUUCCCCAAAAGAUGUUGCCACUCUAGUAUAUCUGCAACUUGUAUAUGACAUUAUUACGGGUGAAUUCAGUUUAUUAAAGCAAUACAAAUCAAAAAAUGGAGCAAGAAAAAAUCAUUUUGAAUUGAGCCACUAUUUCAAACAAUGGUCUAAAUGAAUUGGAGGUUGAGAGGAAGGGGCUAAGCUGGCUGCUUCCUUUGUCUGUGCUUGCUGUGUUUGUCUGCUCCUGAGUGGAGUUGUGUGCAGGAGUGAUGUAGUCUUAUUUGUAGCUGAUAAACGGGUUGACUGGCAGCUUAAAAGCUGGUUUCCCAGUUGUGUUUAUAUGUAAUCACAGGACGAGCCCCAGACAAGGCUUUAAAAUGUUUAAGAACCGCAGUGUCAGGUGGUGAGUUUGUAAAAUAUUUUCCUUUUUGUUUUCUUGUUUUUUCAGUAGUCCAUCUCAUUGCACCUUUUUAACAAUACUCGCAUUUCCAAAGUACAACAGACAUACUGUAUGUAUGAAAAAAAUUAAUAAAUAAAACAUUUAGCCAUAACUGAAUGUCAAGCAAUAAUAUAAAUGUUUUUUUUUUUUUUUUUUUUUUUUUUUUUGAUGUGCAUAGGUUAAAGACCUUUUAGACAUCUGCAUGUAAAUACAAUCUCUAAUUUAUCUCAUAUGAUUUCCAGCAGUGCAAAGUGACUGAUUCUCUUCCUAUGUUGAAAACUAAGGACUUGUGAUGGCCUGUACACAUCUUUUUCUCUCUCUUUCUCUAUCUGCUUUUAAGUCACAAUAUUUAAUGUUAUUAUUGAUCACACUUAUAGAGUUAACUUUAUAACUUCUGUCUGUAUAGGUAAGAAGAAGAUACUGCUAUAAAAUGCCUACUCAGUGCAAAGAUGUAUCUGUUUAUUAAAUACAACAAUAUGCUGUACAAUAUCUGUUUUAGUAUACUAUCUCUUUUAGACAUAGUUUGAUGGAGCUAGGGUGUGCACAUUUUAUUUUGUGUUAUUCUGAUGUGUGGUGCUAGGUAAGUUACUUUUGUGAACAAAACCUUGAUUCCUAGACUAGGACACCCUAUUCGUCCAAUUUAUUUCACUGAGCAUUGAUGCAUUAUUAAUAUUAGUACUAUUAAUAAUAAUGAUAAUAAUAAUAAUUAUAAUACCCAGCCAGCACCUGUAUCAGAGUGUUAGACUUGGGAUGUGGCUUUUUUUCCUCGCUUUAAGAUCAUUAGCUAAUUUGUGCACAAAUGACAGAUUUAAGUAUGUUACAGAUUUGGGAAGUUUUUUUGUUUCUUAGUACCUACAGUGAAAACCACUGGUAGCUUUUUAAAUGUCACAUUUACAAAAAUGUUAAUCUCGUUCAGCUGAAAGUGUGACAGUUCUUCUAUAAUAUGGCACAAUUUAUUCUUUUGCUCAAAAGAAACAACAUUUAUGUAUGGGAUACUGUUAGGGAGACAGCUAUUGUAAAUCCAGCAAAACAGUGGUUAAACUGAAGAAGCCAUGGUUUUCACAUGCGUAUUUUGUUUUGUUUUUUCAAAUACUGUAGGUGCUUGCAUGUUUGUCCAUUUAAGGUUUCAAUGGACUUGUAAGCACAAAUCGUAUUCAGUUUGUUAAAUCAAAUUCUCCAAGGCAAAAACAUUAACAACAUUUUUCUAAACCUUUACAUGAUUAUGUAUUCUGUUCUUUUUGAAGUCAAUAUCAGCCAGAAUAUGUUGGCAUAAACCCUUCAUUUUUAGCACAGCGUUAAAGAUUGUACAAAUGUUUUACCCUAUUUUUUUACACUGAGUGUGUGUUUAUAUAUAUUAGCAAAUUAUAUUUAUCCUGUGUUUUGAAUUAUCAACGUUUUUUUUAACGUACAUAAAAAGUAAACACCACAACAUAAAAAUGAGGCAGAUGGAUAUUACAAACACAGACUAUAGACAUUUUUCAUUUUAUAUUCUAAUGUAGACCAAAAUAAAUACAAGUUGCUGGAUACACAUUCUGGCUGACGUUGUAUAACAAAAGGAACAUGGACAAUUCAAUGUCAUUCAUGUAAAUCACAGCCUAAAGCAAAAGUAAUGGUUUCAAAUCACAUGCUGUACUUGCAGAGUAUACAGUUUUAUUUGAUAACAUGAUCAAUCAAAUCUGGUAAAACUAAAUACUAAUGCAUUGUAUUUGUAAGUUCAAAAUGUGUAUUUUUUAUGAAUGUCUUGAAUAUGCAGCCACUGGUUUUCGUAUGCAGUUUAUUGCUGAUUUCUGUAGGGUUGUCAGUAGAGGAGGGUGUUGUCCAGUAUUUUUCUAUCCCUUUGUAACCCAACAGGUCUUGGGAAUCUGUAGCCCAUCUGUUUAGUGGGGCAGGAAUGUUAUAUGGGUAUGUCAGUGUUCGCUAGUGAUCUUAAAAUAACUACAAAGGAUCAUGUAACUCUAUUCACCUCUUUUAAAUAUAUGAGUAGUUUCUUCACAAUGGUAGUUUUGCUCCUCUUUGUCUGAUUCCUAAAUAAAAUAAGUAUUUUGAUCCAUUUUUUUGUAAAUACCGCUGUAAAGAAAAAUAAGAAAUGUAAUGUUGUCUUUUAAAUACUUUUCAUUCUAAUAUGAAUGUUGUUAUAUUGUACUUAGAAACCGUACCUUUAAUAUUAUCUUUAUUAAAAGUGCAUUGGACACAUCGAUUUUAGAUGUGCUUUAUGUGCUGUUAUCCCAUAAUAAAAAUUACAGCUUGUA